GAGACAGUUUGAAACGGAGUCGCCCAUCUUCCUUUUCGAAAAUGUCCGGCGAGAGAAAGCUCUUCUCGAAAGAAGAAAUCAAGCAACACAACGAUGGGCGAUCCUGCUGGUUAAUUAUCCAUGAUAAAGUUUAUGAUGUUACUGAAUUUCUAGAGGAGCAUCCUGGUGGAGAGGAAGUGCUUCUGGAGCUCGCAGGUUCUGAUGGAAGUGAAUCUUUUGAAGAUGUUGGUCAUUCUACUGAUGCAAGAGAAAUCAUGGAAAAAUAUCUUGUAGGAGAACUAAAAGAGGAAGAGCGUGUAAAAAAAGAACCAAAGAAAGAUACAGGGCUGCCAACUGAUGUAAAGGAAUCUGCUUCAAUGUAAGUCACUUUGAGGUUUAGUUAUAAACUUCUUGACUUAUUGGUGAG